AUGGACACUCAACAAGCCCAGGGCAAUUCUGGGGUCGGCGCUGGCGCUGAUGUCUCCGACAAGGAGGCUCGCCUUCGCGAAGCGAUGAAACAUCUCAAGCUCCUCCACAUCAAGUCUCGCCUUCUGAGGAGCACUAUCCCGAAGAUGAUAGAGCCUAUUAUGCAGAAGCAGCCAUCUCCUGAAGUCAUGUAUGCAGCCUUCACCAAGUCCCUCGAAGAAGCUCAGGCAAACAUUACGGAAUUCACCGAGCUCAUGCGCAGCGAAAAGAGCAAGGAGGUCUUCGCCAUGACCAGCAAGAGCAAGGAGGAAGAUCCGUUCGACAUCAAGCCCUGGCGCCACCAGGACCAUCCCAACUGGUUCAACUUGGACAAAGACGACUAG